UCACUGUGAGGUCAGUUGAAAAUUGUACUGUUUUCAAGGAAGAAAUUCUUUAAUCUGUACCACCUUCCCUAAAAAAUCAACGCAGUAGAAGCUUCCAAAGUCGCCGGCGGAGCUAAACGCCUAAACCAGUGUUUUGGUUCUUCUUGGAGUGCUCUUGAAUCUUUGACGUGGGUAAAAAUCCGUAUUCUAUAUAGUUCUUUUGCCUGCAACUGCCAUUAGAUGGAGUUGGAUGUAGUUCUGUCCCCUCUUCUACAGGUGGUAUUCGACAAAUUGGCCACCCCAUUUCUUGAAGAGAUCACUAAUAUCUGCGGCGUCAAGGAGGACCUCAAGAAGCUCCGGCGUACCUUACGCGUAAUCCAAACUGUGCUCAAAGACGCAGAAGAGCGACAGUUGACAGAUAAAGCCUUGAAAAACUGGUUGACAGAGCUUAAGGAAGUUGCUUAUGAUGUGGAGGACCUUCUUGACGAGUGCUCCCCUGAAGUUAUGCUAUCUGGGAACCGCAACAGAUUCAUCGACCAGGUAAGCAUCUCUGUUCCCUCUUUGGGAAAAUUCUUGAGUUGCGUUGACAUGUUACCAAAAAUUAAGCAAAUCAAAGAGAGAUUAGAUGUUUUGGCAGAAGAGAAGUCUUAUUUUAAUUUGAAAGAGGGACUUGUUAGUGAUAGUGGAAGUAAAAGUAGGAGUAGACGGAGAAGGCAAACGGGAUCUUUUGUAAUUGAAUCUGAAGUUUUUGGGAGAGUGGAGGAUAAAGAGACGAUAGUAGAGCAAUUAGUGUCCAUUGGUGAAAGUCCAGGGAAAAUUUCUAUUAUUUCUAUAGUUGGUAUUGGUGGUCUUGGUAAAACAACUCUUGCUCAAUUAGCGUACAAUGAUGAAAGGGUAAAAAGACAUUUUGAUAUGAAGAUUUGGGUCUGUGUUAAUGAUGAUUUUGAUGUGGGGAAGAUCAUGGUUUCGAUUUUAGAAUCUGGUAGUAAGAGCAAAUGUGAUUUGUUUGGGAUGGAUGUGCUGCAGUUUCGACUCCAGGAAUUGUUAUUUGAGAAAAGAUACUUGCUUGUGUUAGAUGAUGUAUGGAAUGAAGAUCACAAUGAAUGGGACAAUUUAAGAACUUCAUUGAGAAGUGGUGUGGAAGGAAGCAAAAUCAUUGUUACCACACGUAGUGAAAAGGUCGCAUCUAUAAUGGGCACAACUUACAUUCAUCAUUUGAAAGGUCUAUCUGAUGAUAUCUGUUGGGCUUUAUUCAAGCAAAGAGCCUUUGGCUAUAAUGAAGACCACCAUCCAAACCUGUCUAAAAUUGGCAAACAAAUAGUGAAGAAAUGUGGCGGUGUACCUUUAGCUGCAAAGACUCUGGGAAGCGUCAUGCGGUUCAAAAGGGGGGAAAAAGAGUGGUUCUUUGUCCAAGAUAGUGAUCUUUGGGAUGUAUCUGAAAGUGAUAGUGGAAUUCUACCUGCACUGAGGUUGAGUUACAGUCACUUGCCAACACAUCUGAAAGGUUGCUUUGCAUAUUGCUCAAUAUUUCCCAGAAAUUAUAUUUUCAAGAAGGAGAAACUAAUCCAGCUAUGGAUUGCAGAAGGCUUGCUUCAAUCAGAAGGGAGAAAAUCACAAGAAUUCAUUGGCAAUGAGUAUUUCGAUGAUUUGGUAUGGAUGUCUUUCUUUCAGGAUGUACAGAGAGGUGACCAGGGCAAUAUAAUUGAGUGCAAAAUGCACAAUCUCAUUCAUGAUCUUGCACAAUCUGUUGCAGGAAAUGAAUACUUGAGGGUGGAAGAUAACAAUAUAGUGAGAAGUCUCUCCCUAAUUCGUCACUCAUCAGUGGUUUGUGAUUUCAGCUUAUAUACAAUUCCUGAAACAUUGUAUGAAGUGAAGAAAUUGAGAACUCUCAUUUUAGUCUUUCCAAGAGGUGAUCUUGGAGAAGUUCCUCCAGGUGUUUUUUCAAGUUUCAGAUACUUAAGGGUCCUGGAUUUAAGUGGUAGUGGCAUCAAAAAGCUCCAUGACUCAAUUUCCUCUUUCAUAUUCUUGAGGUACCUUGACCUCUCUAAUUCACAUGUUGAAACAUUACCUGAAAGUGUUUGCUGUCUUUACAAUUUACAAGUUAUGAACCUUUCUGGUUGCUAUAAUCUCAUAAAGUUACCAAGUCAUACAGGCAAAAUGUUUAAAUUGAAACAUUUGAUCAUAAUUGGCUGUGAGAGAUUGACCCAAAUGCCAGCUUCGAUUGGAAACCUUAAAAACCUUCGGACGUUAUCAAUGUUUAUUGUAGGAGAGGGCAUGGGUGAAAGUCUCAGCGAGCUGCAGGAUUUAAACCUUGGGGGUGAGCUAAAUAUUAGACACUUGGAGAAUGUGAAGGAUGCAACAGAGGCAAUGACAGCCAACUUGAUAGAGAAGCGAAGCCUUCAGUCCUUGGAGUUAUCCUGGGGGAAUGAUCACAAGGAAUUAAGCAGGAACAAUUAUACUGAUGGAACUCUGGGAAGAGAAGUGCUUAAUUACCUCCAACCACAUGAAUAUCUAAAAGAGUUGUCUCUAAAAGGGUACAAAGGAAUCUGCUUCCCAGGAUGGAUGAGUCUUCAUAAACUGCCAAAUCUAACUGAACUUGUCUUGAUUGACUGCAGUAGAUGUGAACAUCUUCCUACACUGGGUCCACUUCCCUACCUUAAGGUCCUUUACUUGCAAGGAAUGGAUGAAGUGAGGGUCAUUGGCCAAGACUUCUAUGGUAAGGGCACAAGACCAUUCCCAUCAUUGAAAGAACUAACUCUCACUGAUUUUCCUAAUCUAGAAUUCUGGUGGCCUUUCAGCCAAAGAGAAGGAUUCUCUUCCUUGUUCAAAUUGACAGUCAGAAAAUGCUUAAAAUUACGCAUCAUGCCACGUUUUCCAUUACUAAAGCAUCUGGAGCUGCGGAGUUGCAAUGAAAUGAUACUGCAGUCAGCAUCAAACUUAGCUUCCCUCACCAUACUUGUUAUCGAAGAAUUUAGAGAGCGGUUGGUUUUCUUAGAAAACUUGCUUCAAAAUAAUGCUCUUCUAAUGUCUCUGACUAUUGGCUCUUGCCCCAAACUUCGCUCCAUCUCUCCAAAUAUAGGAAAGCUCAUCAAUCUGAAGACCCUGACUAUUCGCUGGUGUGAGGAGCUACUUUCAUUGCCACAAGGGCUGCAGAACCUUACCUCUCUGGAGUCAUUGGAGAUAAUUGAAUGCCAUAGCCUUAUCUCAUUACCAGAGGACAUAAAAGGCCUGAGCUCUCUUCAAUCUUUGUCCAUUGAAAAUUGCAAUAAUAUUGCAUCAUUGCCACUCGGGCUGCAAUUUCUAACGGCUCUUGAGCAUUUAGCUAUCAUGUACUGUCCAAAAUUGGAUUCUUUGCCUAAUUUGCAACACCUCUCUGCUCUUAAAAGUUUGAUCAUCUUGAAUUGUCCAGAGCUGGUGUCUCUUCCUGAAGGGUUAAAACAUGUCAGCACACUACAAAAUUUGGAAGUUCGUGGCUGUCCUGGCCUGCAGACUCUGCCAGAGUGGGUAGCUAAUCUUACCAAGCUCAGAUCUUUGGCACUUUCAGAUUGCCAUAACCUUACAUCUCUGCCUGGGGGUUUGCAAUCUUUAAGUGCCCUUCGACAUCUAUCAAUUCGAGAAUGUCCUGCCUUGGAGGAAAGGUGCAAAAAGGAUAUAGGCGAGGAUUGGCCUAAAAUAAAUCACAUAGCACAUGUCUAUGUUGGACAACUAAAGUUCAGACAAUAUGAGACUGCCAGCUGCUCAUCUCAGUGAAAUAUGAAACUUCCUUUGUUGCUUCUGGGUUUCAAGCUCUACUAUGAUGAUGCUCUUUUGCAAUUAUCUCUUGUGAGUAUAUCUGAAGGUUCCACCAUUUGGUGGGGUGCGACUCGGGGCAUUGGUCUGAUGUGAUUAUUUCGCAUGUCAUCUGUAUGAACUUUUUUGUAGGACUAAUGGGUAUAUGUAAGGUUUCUCUUUGUCAUAAAUCUGUCUUUUCUAUCUAUUACAAUUCAACUUAUAAACGGAGCUACUCCUUGAUCUGGAUUACUUUCAAGAGUUCAACAA